GAUAGGAGGUGGGGAGAGGGAGGGGGUAGGGCUGGGAUUGUGGGGCCUCCCUCCUACUCCCUCCCUCCCUCCCUCUGCUCAGAGGAGCCAACUUCAAAAGCCUUGCCUGCCUGCCGCCAGCCCUCCCUGCUUCUGCCUGUCCUGGGAAGCCCUGUUGGCAGGCUUGGAGCAGGACCUGGGGUGGCAGCCACACUCCCUACCUGAGGACCCAGGAUCAUGUGCAAGGUCCACUGGCAGGAGUGAGGGAGGGCCUCACCCUGAGAGGCCCAUGGUGCCUCUCAAGCCUGCACUCUGGGCGCUCCUGCUGGCUCUGCUGGGGCUUGCACCGGGCCAGGCAGGGCUCCGCACCUGCAGCGUCCCUGACGUGCUCCGCCACUACCGUGUGGUCAUCUUUGAGGACCUGCAGGCCGCUGUGAGACAGGUUGGGCCAGGGGCGGGUCGGUCUGGGCCAGGCUCCCAACACCUCCAUUUCAUCCAGAAAAACUUGACCGGAGUGGCAGCCCUUGGAUGGCGGGAUCCGGCGGGAGCUUCCUGCAGUGCCCAGAAGGAGCACGAUAUCCUGCUGUCCAUUGCGUCCCUGGGUCGGACCCUGCGCAGGGUAGUAGCCCGGGGCCGCCGCCGAGGGGCACUGGAGAAGGCCUCGUGGGCUGUGGCCCUGCGCACUGAAGCACUGAUGCGGCGCCACUGCUGGACGCUGCGCCAGCGGAGGCGGCGGCCCAAGAGGCACCCUCCCCGGCGUCGCCGCAGCCGUAGCCGGAGGCGGCUCCUCCUGCGCCUCCUGGACACCAUCGCCACCUGCUGGGAGAAGCUCUUCGCGCUGCGUGCAGCCGCCACGGAGGGCUCCUAGCGCGUCCUGCGCGGGCCAGAGAAGAGCCGGUGGGGGCCGCGGGGCCUGGGAACCAGCUUCUUUUGGUGACAACCGCCUUGUCUCCCUCUUGUUGGCUUACUGCUGAGUCCAGGCCACUCCCUGUGGUGGCCCGUGCUCCUUGGAGGGCCCUGGACCUGGACAUACUCCAGACGCCAAGCCAGGACUCAAUAAACUGCUGGUGCUGCGG